AUGGUGUGUGGUGUAGUGAUGGACAUCGAUCUGGACAGCGGUCUGAGUGAGAGCCCCUACAUUGGGAAGGCUCGACACCAGAGGAAACGCGUGGCAACCGAUGAGCCUGAUGCAGGCUGCGACCAACCAGGCCCAGCCAGCAGGGUUGCCUCAGUAACGCAGACCCCCGGAGCUCUGUCUGGAUGUGCUGAAGACCAAGAAGAGGAGCGGCUGCGGCUGCUACAGGUGGAGGUAAAGCGUCUCGAGCAGCAGAUCUUCUCGGCCAAUCAGGAGCUCCACGGCCUUGAAGAGACCACCAUCCAGAAACGGGUGUGUGAAGCUGAGAGGGAGCGGAUCAGAGAGCAUCUCCUGGUGAAGCUGCAGGAGCUGAAGCAGGAUCAGGCUGAAGUCCAGAGUCUGGAGACACAACUAGACACACACUCCGCACAGAUGGCCCGAGCCCAGACCCAACUAGAGAUCCUCAAUGAUCAGCUACAGAGCGUACAUCCUUCAGAGCCCAAACACGUUAGUAACAUACGCAUGCGCGUACACACACACACACACACACACACACACACACACACACACACACAUAUUAACACACACACAAGUGCACAGAUGGCCCGAGCCCAGACCCAACUAGAGAUCCUCAAUGAUCAGCUACAGAGCGUACAUCCUUCAGAGCCCAAACACGACCAUUUGAAGGCUCAGGUGUCGCGUCAGGAGCAGCUGCUGGACAUCAUGAGCCAGCGGCAUCAGGAGCUGGAGACCAGACUGGACUACAUGAUCACACGCAUCGCCAAGGAGACCCAGGACAUCAAAGACCUGGAGCAGCAACUCACCGAUGGUCAGAUCUUGGCGAACGACGCUCUGAAGCGGGAGCUGGAGGAUGUCAUCUCUGGCCUGCAGGAGUAUCUGCAAGGUGUCAGAGGUCAAGCCCGCCGGGCCCAGAGCGAUUGCCACCGCCUGCAGAGCCAGAACCUGAACUUACAGCACCUCCUGCAGGACAGAGAGGAACAGUGCAGGCAGCUGCUGGACGUACAGGAGGAGCUGGACGUCCUGAGGAGGGAGCACACACAGCUGAGUGAGGCUGUGAGAGAGAGCGGUGUGUGUCGCUCUGAGCUGGAGGACAGGAGCUCAGAGACAGACAAGCUGAGAGCAGAGCUGACCAGGCUGCGAUCGCUUACUAAGGUGGAGCGGGCAGCUCUUGAAGCAGAGCUUCAGAAUGAGAGACAGGCCAGGGACAACGCUGAGGUUCGAGUGCAGUUUGAGACCGAAAACCUGAUGGAACACAUCAGCUCACUAAAGGAGGAGAGUGAUGCUUUGCGAGAGGAGGCAGCUGGACUCCAGGCUAAACUGCAGUGCACCUCUACAGUCCUCAUUCACCCGGACGAUCUACUGCAGCGACUGCAAAUGCUCACACACAACCUCAGCGCAGACACACCUGACACCAGUGUGGGGCCCGCCAUCAGGAAUACUGCUGUGGAGGAGAGUCUGCAGACGCUGCAACAGGAGGUCUGGCAUCUGGUGCGAGAGGAGAGGGAGCAGGAGAGAGAGAAGGCCAAACGGUUCCAGAAGGAGAGAGAGGAGUCUAGACGGCUCCAGGAGGAGAGAGAUAAGGCCAGACGUCUCCAGGAGGAGAGAGAGGAGUCUAGACGUCUCCAGGAGGAGAGAGAUAAGGCCAGACGUCUCCAGGAGGAGAGAGAGGAGUCUAGACGUCUCCAGGAGGAGAGAGAUAAGGCCAGACGUCUCCAGGAGGAGAGAGAUGAGGCCAGACGCCAACAGGAAGCGCUGAGCGGAGAACUGAAGCUCCUGAGACAGCAGCUCACAGCCAUGCAGAAACAGAACCAGCAGCAGACUCGGGAGGCAGCAAAGAAGAACAGCGAACAUGAGAUGGAGCUACAGAGGCUGCUGAAGGAGCUUCAGAUGGGUCAAGGGGCGGAGCUACAGAAGCUGAGGGAGGGGCUUGAAGAAGCACAGGAGGUGGAGCUCCAGCAGCUAAGAGAGGAGCUUGAGGAGACUCAGGAGGCGGAGCUUAGUAGAUUGAAGAAGAAGCUUCGGGAGGGCCAUAAGGCGGAGCUUCAGGGACUGAAGGAGGAGCUUCAGGAAGCCCAGGAGCAGCAGUACCUGAUGAGUCAGCGUCUGCAGGAGGCUGAGAGCGAGAGAGAGGGCCUCCUCGUGGAGCUGCGUGAGCAGGACACACAGGCUGUGGAGGAGCUGAAGAGGAGUGUGUGUAGUGCUGACAGGGCAGCGGGUGAGCAGUUGACCGCAGUCACACAGCAGCUUCAGACGCUCUACAAAGCAGCACUGCGCAUACGCCAACAGAGGGAGCAGGACGCAGAGCAGCUGGAGGACUCCAGGCAGCAGGUGGCUCAGGUGGCUCAGGAUCUUGAGAAGGCUGAAGCAGAGACUGUCUUUCUGCAGAGACUACUGAAGGACGGGCCGUGUGUGCUGGACAGUAAGAGCACUGGAGGUCCAGCCAGCAGCCCCCCGCAGGUAGACAUGGAGCAGCUAGCGAAAGCUAUCAGGAGACUGACAGAACAGCUGAACCAGGCCUCAACAGAUAAGAGUGUGAGCAUUGAGGAGGUCCUGGAUGAGAUGGUUGCUCUGAGGGACAUGCUGAAGCAGGGCAGCUAUGUGUCCAGCCUGCAGGGCAGCCCCAGGAGUGGCAACUGGUACUACAUCCCCACGGGCCAGAGCGCUGCCAGUGUAGCAUCUCAGGGCACUCAGGACUCUGGGCUGGGCUCUCAGUUCCCCUCCUCCCCCCAGAGAAAGCCGCGCCCACAACACAGACCCCCCCACAAGAGAAACCAUCCCAAAGGAGCCGGCUACUGGCUCUACUCACCACAUCCGCCAAACAAAGUUGGCAGUGAAAGUGCAGGUGAGAGUGAUACAGAGAGUAGUGCCCCCUGGUGGUUCUUUCCUGCUGGUGCGGUUCUCCACACAUCCCUGCCAGCUCAGGCCCCUCCAGCCGGCUCACAGUGUAACCUACCCACACACCAGCACAUGGAGCGUGAUUUGCGUGAUGCUCAGCGACAUCUGAAGGAGCAGAGUCGACUGGAGCAGGAGAGGAAAGACCUGCAGAGGGAAAUAUACCAGCUCAGGAGAGACCAUAAACGCCUGAGGGCACGGCUGCGGAGCGGAGCAGAGAAGAGUGUUCUGGAGGAGGUGGAGUGUCUGGAGGAGACUCUGCAGCGCCGCAGAGCUGAACUCAGAGAGGCCGACCGCUUGCUGCUGCACGCACACACACAGCUGAAGGACACCAACACUCGGAGUAAAGAGCUGGAGCGGUGCUGUGGGGAGACCCAGAAGAGAGUGUGUGAGCUGCAGCAGGAGAUGGAGGAGAUGGAGAACAGAGCACAGCAGUGCGCCAAGCAGCUGAUACACACCAAACACCAGCUCAGUGCUGAGCAGGAGGAAUUACAGCAGCUUCAGCAUCAGAGGCAGAAUGAAGAGCGAUCGCUGGCAGCUACAGACACACACCAUAAACAGCUCAGUCAAAGACUGGAAGACAAUGAGCGGCUGCUGGAGGAGGCAGAGGACAGACUUGGACAACGCAAGAGAGAGUUACAAUCACUUGACACAGAGUUGGGUGCUCUGGGCAGGCGUGUGGGGCAGUGGAGUGAGGAGGAGCGUGUCUUACAGCAGAGUCUACAGCAGCACAGAGACACACUCCUGCAUGAGCUCACACACGGAGAAGAGGAGACGCACAGCCUACACACACGCAUCAAGGAGUUGCGCGUGUGUGUCGAGGCCCUGUCUCAGCAGAAGCGUGAUGUGGAGGGUGAGGUGUGUGAGGGGAGGAGUCACCUGACUGUCAUCAGACAGGAGCAGCAGAGAGAGGAGGAGACCCUCAACAAGCUGAUCUCAGAGCUGAAGUGUGUGCGGGAUCAGAGGCAGGAGCAGGAGGCACAGCGCGAGCAGCUGCAGGAGAAGUGUCGCCACCUAGAGGCCAGACAGAGACAUGCACAAAGGUGUUUGGCCAAUGCAGAAAAGGCUGUGCGUGAUACCAGUACUGAGCUGGCCAGGGUACACUCAGAACUGAAGCAGAGUAGAGACACCGCAGAGGAGAUGAAGAGGCUGAGUGAGCUGCUUGAUGGGGAGCGAUUACAGCUGGAUGCAGUCAGACAGGCGAUUCGCUCCGCGUCCUCGGAGCGGGAUGACCUCCUGCAGGAGCAGCUGCGUCUCCGUGGCGACGUGCAGGCCACAGCGGAGCGCGCUCAGACUGGUCAGAGAUGCCUGGGGGACCUGGAGCUGCAGCUGCGUGAGCUGGACUCUCAGCUGACCCACAAACACACCCGACUCAGACAGCACCACGAGCAGCAGGAGUGGUCAGAGGAGGUGGCGCUACAGCAGCAGAGGAAGCAGCAGCUGCAGGCUCAGCUGCAGACACUAGAGGGCGCUGUGGCGGAGCGGGUGCAACGGAUGGAGCACCUCACUGCAGAGGAAGCAGAGCUGCAGGACAAGAGAAGACUACUGCACACUGAGGAGGAACAGCACAGACUCAGGGGGCAGGAGCUGUGUGAGUGGGAGACCAAACUGAAGCAGCAGCAGCAGGAGCUGGAGGCUCAGGGGGAAGAGCUGCACGUGUGGCGCUGUAAGGUGCAGAGGCUACAGAAACUACUCAAGAAACAAACACACACCGUACAGGAGGCCCAGCAGGUAGCAAAGGAGAGUGAACAGAGAGCACACACACUGAAGACGGAGUUGCACACUUUGAGUCAAGAACUACAGAGUGUCAGAGAAAAGCUUUUUGCCCAGGAGGAGAAGCAGAGGCGUGUGUGUGAGGGCAGCCCUGCUGGUGUGUGUGCUGACCCUGGAGACAGCAGGUUAGUGCCGGAGCUGGAGCUGGAGUUCCCCAGCAUCACAGACACUCCACACGCUAGAGACCUCCUGUCCCCCUCUCCACCCAGCACUGAGGAAGGGCAGCUCCAGGCUCUCUUCACACCGUCUAGGACAUCAGCACUCACAACACAGGAUGAACAGUGGCGAGGGGAGCUUCUGAGAGAGAAGCUCCAGCAGCAUGAGGACGAGCUGAAGGCUCAGCUUCGCAGACGCAUGUUUGACCAGCAGGAGGCGCUGUGUGUGCGCAGGCAGCAGGCGGAGGGGAGUCUGGAGGGGCUGCGCAGACGGGUGGACUGGCUGGACCAGCUGCUGGGCGCUGAAGGGACGUUGGAAGUCAAAAACCCCAGGCGUCAGGUUAGACUGUCCAAUAGCUGGCACUCUGAGACUUCUGACCCCUUCAGUCGUCCCGUCAGGCUGGAUCCGUCUCUACCAGAGAGGGAGCAGAGCUGUGCGCUCAAACACACCACUGAAGCAACCAGCAGCUGAAACACACACACACACAAUAUCUAUACAAAACACACACCUGAGCUCUCUCUCACCAACACACACACACACACACUGACCCCUCAUAUCAGACACUUGAUCUCACACAUCUCACCACAAACACAGUCACUGGCAGAUCAUGCAAAGGGAAGGGCCUCCUAAGAGCUGUGGAGGAAAUGUGUGUGUGUGUGUGUAUUAUACACAAUAGGGUGCUGUUACAGUAGUACGUGUGUGUGUGAGUGUAUUGUUAAGGCAGGCUGUGCUCUUAUGAAUCUGUGGUGAAUACGUUGUGUGUGAUAUGGAGAUGUGUGAUAUGCAAAGGGAAGGGAUCCUACGAGCUUACUGCAGAUCAUGUGACUGAAAUCAGUUUGCACUACCUCAGAUAGCCAACUGAAGGAAACAGAUAGCUGACUUUACACCCUAUGAGAUUCUAAGAUUGGAAGAGCUUCCAUACUUUUGUAGUGAAGACCAUGCUUGCCUUAAAAAAAUGUAGUUUUAUAUUUUAAAAUGUUUUUAUAUUUAAAAAUACUGUUUUUGGAGAGAGGCAAAAAGAGAGAUGUGAGAAAUAUAAACUGUAAUAAUGUCUUGUGUGUGGAGCACUUUAGCGAGAGCAUGCAGGCACUUGCGUGUGGUUUAGUCCUGCGUGUGAUGGGUGCACUGGGCAGGGUCACUGGAUCUGAUGGGUGCCGUGAAGAUGGCUGCAUAAACCCUCGCUUGGGUGAGAGACUUUACCCUCAAUAACUCGUCCAGUCAAGGGCAGCAGUAUGCAGUUUACCUUAUUAUUCCACCUGAGGAGAUGACUACCCCCACCCCCCCCCCCUCCUCGUGAUGUGUGUGAAUAUGGUCAAAUCAAUGACCAGAUGUCUGGUGAAAUCAGUCCGGCUGAAUUUUUAAAACCCUCAGGCUCUGGAACCACAGAGAAGAUGACACGAUGUGCUUAAUUAUUGUGUGCAAUACAUUUAAUAUUUUCAACAUU